AUGUACAUGAAGGCUACAAACUUCAUUCUCAAGGACCUUCAGUUCCACUCGUCCGAACUCGAAAACAUACAGAGCCUGUACGUUGCAGCGAGCGAGAAAAUCAGCAGCAUAUACUUCUGCGAAGAGUACAAGACAACUUAUGAGAGGAAACGGCGGAGACUGAGCGUUCCGCUUCACCCCGCAGUCAUCGCCGGGAACCGAAAUUGCAUAACAAACGUGCUCUAUGCGGACCACGAAAGUUUGGUUCGGUUCCCUGAUGCAACGAGUGAAAACUAUCAAGUAGUUCUUCACUAUCUCAAUGACUAUUGCGACAGUGCCCCUGGAGUGGUGAUGGAGAAGUGGCUUAUAGAGGACAACCUGCGUGCAACGGAAGAGCUCACUAUCUGGAAUGUCACACUACCAAAAGCCCUUCCACCUAUGUCAAUGUAUUACAUUGACCGACCAGAAAUUCACUCCCUCAUCACGCGGAUACUACUUCUAGAUGGUCGUCCGAAACGUCAACCACGAUGCAUACUGCAUGGGCUUGGAGGGGCAGGCAAAACUCAGCUGGCAACUAACUGGAUUCAGGAGUACAAAAGCAGGUUUACUUGGGUAAUAUUUGUCGACGCUUCCAGUCAAACACAAAUAGAAGCAGACCUGCAGCUGGCGAUUCGCUCCCUAGGCCCGGAAUACAGUCACACGACUUGGGAGGAUGCAAUGGCCUACCUCGAUGGCAAGGGGAAAGGCUGGCUACUGUUCGUCGACAAUGCCGACUCACCAAACCUUAACCUCGACCCAUAUCUCCCUACUUCCAUUCACGGGACGAUUCUGGUUACCACAAGGAAUUAUGAAUGCAUCGGUUAUGCCCCAGACGGUGCAGUUCCUGUCGGUGGUCUCCAGGAAUGUGAGGCAGUGAACCUCCUCCAUAUAGUCGCCAAUGUUAAACCUACAUCCAACGGCGAGUCGCUUGAGAUUGUUAGGGAGCUAGGAAUGCUAGCACUCGCGAUUACUCAAGCAGGGACGUAUAUUCGCAAUACCCAGCGCCUUAGUGGAUACCUCGACACAUUUCGAAAGCAUAGACGUCGACUUCUGCGCAAGCACCCAGAUACUGGUUCCUAUUACAAGCUCUCGACAUACGCGACGUUUGACCUCUCAUUCAUUCAAUUACCAACAAAGACACAGGAGUUCAUGAAGCUAUGCGCAUUCCUUUAUCAUUCCUUCAUCCCAAUCACCCUGUUUGAGCAGUCGACAGAGUCCGGCUUCUGCACGCACACCAUCCUGGACGAUUGUCCUCCGCCAGAAAGUGACAAAGUAUUCAUAUCAAAGCUCCAGGAGAUUCUGGGCACGACAUGGGACGAAAUUGCAUUCCAGGAGAUCGUCGACUCGGCAUUACGCGCGUCGUUUAUCCAGGUUUCGACUGAUGGGUUAUUCUACACCAUUUCACCCCUCCUUCAGAUGUACAUCAAGGACUCUCUGGAUGGAGAGGAACCUCAACGCUACCUACGGACGGUAGUACAACUUCUGCUGGGGGCAAUCAGGCCCUCGGAGGGUAGCAACAUAAAGCUCAGGCAGUUACUCUGUCAUACCAACAACAUUCCUUGGUCCCUGAAAUCGGAGAAUGUGGCACACACGCUGGCUUUCCACGAGCUUUAUAAUGCCUUAUGUGACUGGAAGGUGUGCCGAGAGAUGUUGGAGUCUGCUCUUUCCCAACUUCACCAAACUGAAGGCAGAAGUCAUGAGAGCUCGAUAUGGCUCAUGGGUAAAAUUGCUAUUGCCACAUGGAAUUGUGGUCGGUUGGAGGAAGCAGAAAAAUUACAGCGAGACGUUCUCAGCCUGCGGCGUGAGACCAAUGGAUCACAGCACCCGGGCACACUCUCGGCAAUGUCCGACCUCGCAAUCAUGUUGCGGGACGUUGGGAAAUUGGACGAGGCGGAAAAGGUGCAGAGAGAGGUGCUUGAUAUGCUUAUUGGGCUUCAUGGACGGCGAUAUCAAGACACGAUCUCAGCAAUGGGUAACCUUGCAAUCACGUUGCGGACACGUGGUCAGAUGGACUCGGCAGGAGAGAUGCAGCGAGAAGUACUCGCCCUACGGCACGAGCUUCUUGGUCAAUACCAUACAGAUACACUCUCUGCAAUGAGUGACCUUGCAAUGACGCUGCGGACACGUGGUCAGUUGGAAACGGCGGAAGCAAUGCAAAAAGUUGUAGUCAACCUGCGGCUCACGGUCCUCGAGCGACAUCAUCCAGGCACCAUAUCGGCAAUGGAUGACCUUGCGGCUACUCUGCGAAUACGUGGUCAGUUUGACGAGGCAAAAACGAUGCAGCGGGAGGUGCUUGCCUUGCGGCUCGACCUCCUCGGUCAACAACAUCCAGACACACUCUCAGCAAUGAGUAAUCUUGCAAUCAUAUUGCGGACAAGUAACCAGUUGGACGAAGCAGAAACGAUGCAGCGAGAAGUACUCGCUUUGUGGCGCCAGCUCCUUGGACAACAUCAUCCGGACACUAUCUCGGCAAUGGGGAACCUUGCAGUUACGCUGCAGAGGCGGGAUCUCUUGAACGAGGCGGAAGCAAUGCAGCGAGAGGUGCUCACUCUACGGCUCAAGGUCCUUGGUCGACACCAUCCAGACACACUCUCAACAAUGAGUGAUCUUGCAAUCAUAUUGCGGACAAGCAACCGGUUGGACGAAGCGGAAACGAUGCAGCGAGAAGUACUCGCUUUGCGGCGCGAGCUUCUUGAUCAACACCACCCAGACACAAUCUCAGUAAUAGGCGACCUCGCAACCACGCUCAGGGCACGUGGUAAGGUGGAAGAGGCAGGAAAGAUGCAGCGGGAAGUAUUUCGCCUGCGACUCGACCUCCUUGGCCGACAGCCUCCGGACGUAAUCUCAACAGUGGACAAUCUUGCAGUCUCGUUUGUGAGGCAAAGCCAUUCGAAUCAGAUAGAUAAGGUAAUACAACCAGAAACGGUUUGGGAUGAAGGAUCGGCGGAAGUGAAAAACGAAAAGGAUCCCGCUCCCUUCAUGAGCAAUAGUACCCCCAGUCUUGUUGAUAAUCCUACCCCUGACAGUGCCGACCUAAACUCUGCUAAGACUGGAAAGAAGCGUAAACGCGACAUAGAUGACGGCAAUACAAGACGAAGCGUGUCCAUUCUCAAAACGGUCAGCAGUCGUAUCGCAAAAAUACUAGGGAUAACCGAAUGA